AUGAAGGCGCAACAGGAGUCUGGAUAUGAGGGUGAGCAACGGCAAUCCGCAAAGGGCGGCGAGCGCGUGCAAGAAGAAUCGGUUGCUCAUCAAGAGCCAUUGAGAAUAAUGUCUUGGAACGCCAACAGUUUCCUGCUGCGACUGAGACACAACCGGGCGGAGUUGGUUGGCUUUAUCUGCAAGCACUCGCCUGAUGUCAUUGCCAUCCAGGAGGUGCGCAUGCCAGCAGCAGGGCGGAAGGGCGGGCCUCUCAACCAAUCAGAGCUCAAGGAUGACACGAAGCAAGCCCGGGAGGAGAGGCAGUUUAUGCAGCAUGCACUGGCAUCACCACCGUUCUCCCUGUACUGGGUGUGGUGGUCCCUCGCCCCCACCAAGUAUGCCGGCACAGCCAUGCUGCUCAAACGCUCCCUGCUGCCCCGCCUCCUCUCCGCCUCCUUCUCCCUUGACGUAGGAGCGGCGGAGCAGAGGCAGCAGCGGAGGCAGCAGCAUGAGGCAGAUGGGAGGGCGAUCAUUUUGGAGUUUCCAUCCCUGCGCCUCCUCAACACCUACGUGCCAAACAACGGCUUCUCCAGAGACUCACCCAGCUUCCCCCGCCGUGCCGAGUGGGACGAUCGCAUCCGUCGGUUUCUCACCAGCGACGCCGUGCGAUCCAAGCCAUUGAUCUGGCUGGGCGAUCUCAAUGUGAGUCCAACAGACGAUGACGUCAGCGACCCUGGGUUCUUCCGUGCGGCGACCAAUGGCGAGCCGGUCACUGAUCCCGGGGAUCGGGGACAGCCUGGGUUCUCUCUCAACGAGCGGAUGAGAUUCGCCGAGACUCUGAAAAGGGCCGGCUUGACAGACGCGUAUCGCCACAUGCACCCCAGCAAGGACAUGCAGGCAGGCUUCACGUGGAGUGGCAACCCGGUGGGGAGGUACCGGGGCAAGCGCAUGCGGGUUGACUACUUCUGUGUGUCUAACAACCUUCUGCCCCGAGUGGCUGCAUGUGACAUUCACGGGCAAGGUUUCGAGGGCGAGGGUGAGUAUGGAUGCAGGGGAGUGGGCUGA